AGUGUAAGAACAUUCAUGUCUCUCGCAUUUCAAAACAGUUCUAGUUUCAUUGUAUAAACGAAUGCAUUGCAAAACCAAUUUGGAUGAAAAAUAUAUAAGCUUACAUUAGUAGUCAAUUACACAUCAAUAUCAACGAAAAAUCAUGCAUAAUGGGAACAAAACCAUCGAAAAUUGGCGAAUCAAAGAUAACGACGGCGAAGGUAUCGAAACAUCUUUGGCCGCCACAUUCGAUUUCAAACCGAAUAUAAACAUGCGAUACGGUUCAAACAAUAACGUGCAUAAUUGGCGAGCAACACCGAUCAAUUACAUGCUGUGGAAGACGGAAAAUGGAGGUGAAAAUGCAAUGUACGUGAAUCCAUUUGCCAAUAUCCAAUUGGACUUUCCGGACCGUGUUAAAGAUUGGAACGAAGAAUUCGCUGAACUCAAAUCAACCGAUACCAUUGAUCUCUUGAAGAAGAGUAACAAGAUGUCCGAUCGACUCAUUGAAUUUGGUCAUGAUGAAUAUCGUAGUCGUAAUUGGAACGAUGCCUUGAAUUUUUUCAGUCAGGCGUUAGGUUAUGCUGAACCGAAUACAAUGUAUGAAGGUUUGGCCCAUGGAAAUCGUGCACUAUGCUUUUUUCAAAUGGGAAUAUAUCAAAAGGCCGUUAUCGAUUUUGAAUUUGCAAUGGAUAAAAAUUGUCCCGAACAAUUUUUGAUCGAUGUACAAUCUACGCGUGCUGAAUGUCAAAAACUGGCAAAAAAACACACUCAACCAAAGGUUCGUAUGCCAAAGUUACAUUUACCGGAUAAAAAGUUUCCGUGCAUGUCAAACAAUUUGGAAAUCAAGCGAAACAACGAUUUUGGUAGAUGCAUUUUUGCAAAACGUGAUAUUGAUGUAGGCCAAACGGUAUUUGUUGCGGAAAAUUUUGCAUCGGUCAUCACAACAGACAAUCAAGUGUAUUGUCUCGCUUGCCAUAAGAUCGAAAUGAAUUUCAUCGGUUGCAAGAACUGCGCAAAUGUUAUGUUUUGCAAUGAUGACUGUAUGAACUGGUAUAAUUUGCAUAAAAUGGAAUGCCGAACAUGUUAUCAUCAGAUCGAAGACUGUCACGUCAAAUUUAUCAUCCAAACAUUAUUGGUUGCCAUUGAUAUCUUUCCGAACAUUGACAGCCUGAUCAAAUUCGUCGAAGAGACCAUAAGUGAUCAAGGAUGUGAUAAGAUUCCAAAAACAUCAUGCGAUGCAACAUCAAAAUAUGGCAUUUUUUUGAAAUUGACACCAUCAUUGAAGGACGAUUACAUGUUUCGUGCGUACCAAGCGUUCGCAUGCAUUUCACUAAUACCGAAGGUCAAUUAUUUGUUCGACACGGAGCGAAAGCAACGUUUUCUGAUGCACUUGCUGUUGCAGCACACGAUUGUCAUUCCGAAAAAUGCAUUUUUCGACGAAGCACAAUUCAGCGAUCAGUACACAGUCGAAUACAUAUUUGAUGUUUUGUCAAUGGUCAACCAUUCAUGCAUACCAAAUCUGAGCUUUGACACCGUUGGAAGCAAACUUGGCCAUUGUAUGGCAGUACGGCCCAUCAAGAAAGGCGACCAGGUUUUCAUCAAUUAUUUGGGAAACGAUGUUCAUAAACCAGUUGAACAACGACAGAAGGCGCUGAAAGGAAACUGGGGGUUUGACUGCAAGUGUGACAAAUGUGAACCGGUAGAGCAAACACCCGAGAACGAAGCCAUUAGAGCCGAUCCAUCGUUCAAAUAUGUGAUGCGGAACUGUGAAAUUAUCGACGACAAUACCAAGCGAAUGCAACUCAAAAAGCAAUGCAUCAAAUUCUUGAAAAAAUACGGCAAUCUACCAUGGUCAACGGAACUGGAUUUCGUUAUUGAUUGUUUCACAUCACUCUAAGCAAAUAAGUUAGCGUUUUUUUUAUUUUUUUACUCAUUUUUUUUCGUCACAUUCAUACCAAUUUCUUUGUGUCCAACUGUCCAAGUUAGAGAUUAAAGCUAGUUCUUAGUUUGAAAUAGCCAUUUUUGUGUAAGCUAGUUGUCGCUUUCAAUCUAUUCAUUAAAUAUUAUAUUUAAAAAAAAAAUUGAUCAGAUUCAGAUCAACUGACAAAAAACAAACUACAUUAGAAAAUUCAUAAUGACUGAACUCUGAAUGAGAGAAAACUUUUGUCAAUUGAAAUAUUUACAUUAUUGCAAUAUUCACUUAUGAAAAUGUAAUUUAUACAAUGUUUUUGGUAUGAAGUUGAAAGUAGUCCAAUUGUCAAUCAAUUCAAUCUCUUAAUCGAAAAAAACAUUCGAUUUUUUUGAAAACAUAAGAAAGACUCUAUUUUUUGAACUCAAAAUAGUUUAUCGUCAAUACGUUGUGGACGAACCAUUGAAUGGUUGCAUUAAACUGGGUGCAAGUGCAGUAUUAGAUAGCCGAACGAAAGAAUCUCUUGUCGAUGAAUGUUCGUUUAAAGCCCUUAAUUCACAGGGUGAAAUUAUUGGUGUAGUUGUAAAUUGCUUUAAGGAAAAACGGAAGCCAGAUAACCUAGUUCACAGUUAUUCUGACGAAUGUGAAGAUUGAUGGAAAAAACAUUACAAUUCAUGCGAGAGAAGAAAAUUAAACUGAUACGAGUGUAUUGUACAUGCUUUUAUUCGGCAAAAUUAUGUGAAAAAAAUGAGAUUCAAAAAAGUAUUCGUUUUACCGUUUUUAUCGACUAUAAAGUUGUUGGCAUCAAUGUAUUUUUGAUUCAGAUUUUGGCACAAGAAAUUAAUUAUCCUUAA